UCUGGAAAUAGCCAGACUAGCUAUAAAAUAGCUAAGUUGGCAACAGUGCACAUCAGUUUCCGAAAAAUCGUCACUCAAAAGCAAAAGCAAAAAAAAAAGAAAGAAGUAAAAAGCAGCACCAGAGAAUAUUUAGGCGAAAAAGUGAAAAAAGUCGUGUGCGCUCAACUUGGCACAAAUAACAAAAAGACGAGAAAAUGUCAGGCAACGGUUUCGAUGAUCAACCAUUUGGCGAGCCCAAUCUGGAUAAUCCAUUUGCGGAUCCCGCCAUACAGCAGGCGACCCGUAUGUCCACCAAUGUCUCCCUGGAGGACUACAAUCCGUUUGAGGAGCAGGCAAAGCCGCAGCUCCAAAUCAACUCAACCAAUACAGCGGCCGUUGUGCAGCCGCUGUCACAGAACGUUCCGCCCCCACAGCCGAGCUCAUUGGGCGCAUCGGCGCCAAGCACCAGUAUACAGAUCACCUCGGAGGAGCUGCAGCGUCGACAGGAGGAACUGGACCGCAAGGCUGCCGAACUGGAUCGGCGUGAGCAACAGCUGCAGGGCGGCAAUGUGCCACAGUUGAACAAUUGGCCACCGUUGCCGGAUAACUUCUGUUUGAAGCCGUGCUUCUAUCAGGACUUUGAGGUCGAAAUUCCGCCCGAGUUUCAAAAGCUGGUCAAGCAUUUGUACUACAUCUGGAUGUUUUACACUAUGACGAUGUGCGCCAAUAUCAUUGGAUGUCUCAUUUUGCUUUUCCAUGAGGGCAAUGUUGCCAAUCUGUUUCUGGCCAUCUUCUACACUGUGCUCUUCACGCCCGCGUCAUACGUAUGCUGGUUUCGGCCAGCUUAUAAGGCAUUCCGCAACGAUUCGAGCUUCAAUUUUAUGGUGUUCUUUUUCGUGUACUUCUUUCAAACGAUCUACACGAUCGUCCAGGCCAUUGGCUUCAAGCAGCUUGGCUACUGUGGCUUCAUCACGGCUAUUGGAGAGUUCGAGGGCUCAGCUGCGGGCAUUAUUGUUGGGCUCUUGUUGCUGAUCGUUGCGUUCUGUUUCGCCAUCACCGCUGGCGCCAAUGUGCUGAUGAUUAUGAAGAUCCAUUCGAUUUACCGUAGCACCGGUGCCAGCAUGGAUAAGGCUAAGGCUGAGUUUACCACAGAGUUUCUGCGCAAUCAGCAUGUCCAGGAAGCGGCCUCCUCUGCCGUCAGCUCGGCGGUUAAUUCACAGUUCAACAAUAGCAGAUACUAAGCAGCGAUCAGCAAUAAACAAUCAAUCAAACAAUUAAUCAAUUAAUCAAUCAACCAACUAACCAACCAACCAACCAAUCAGACAACCAAACAAAAGCACAGAAUGCACUUAAAAGUAUCCGGGAAUCCAACCAGACCAAGUUGAGCCAAGUCAAUAACUCGUUGCAUCAAAUGUUUCUUUCAAACAAUGAUAAUAAUCUACACAUUCACAUAAACACCUACGCAUACAUAUAAAUAAAUAUAACAUAUAUUUCUUUAUAUAUAGGCUUAAAAGCGAACAUUGAAGCAUAACUAAUAACUAAUUGCUUUGUGCAUAAAUAAUUCCUAAAAUGCCGUCGUCCUUAUUACAAUUAGAUACUGUAAUAAUAUAUGAUAUGAACAUGCAUAUAUAUAUAUAAAGAAUUCUAAAGCUAACAACUGAUGAAAUUAAUGUGCAAGAGAAACAGAUACUUUAACUGAUACUUAAACUAAAAUUGAAACUAGAAUCUAAAAAACAGAUCUUGAAAAAAAAACGGCGCACGUUGCCUUCGUAGACAUUCUGGCCUAAAAUUGCUAAAACGCAAAUAUGAAGCACUUAAACACAAGCAAAGUAAAUAAACUAUAAAUUAAUAUAAAUAUAUAAUGAAAUUAAGCUUACAGAUUUUGUGUUUCGCAAGUGUCCUAAGAAAUUACUUAGUUAUGAAUUUAUAAAAUGCUUUAUUAACUUUAUCAACCUGCAAAUGUGCCAGGUUUAAGCUAAAGAUCGGCGAAAUCUGGAAAACUGGUCCCCACAUCGAUCCAUGCUCGAGCGCAAAGUAUAAAGUUUAAUAUAAUUAAAGCUAUUUGUAUGUAUAAUAAACAUAAUGAUGAUUAUGAUGAAGAUGAUGCAGAUAAGGAUUAUGAUAAAUGCUGCUGAUAAUGAUGUUUUCUAGUUCUUUAAGUAAAAACGUUUAUGAUAUGCAUAUACCAUAUACCACACACUAUAUACACAUACAUACAAACAUACUUCUCUACAUCUAAAUGUAUUUAAAGCAUAAAUUAUAAAAACUUUUAUCUUUAUAUAGCAAAAGAUUGCGCAUAGUCUCCAUUUAUGAGUUAUUAUUAUCAUUGCUGUUGUUCCCCUUUCCCUUUCCCUUCCCCGAUCCCGUUUCUGGUCCCCUCCCAGUCCCAGUUCCAGCCCUCAUGUAAUGUCGUACCGUGUACUUUUUUCUAAUUGUAAUUGUUAUACAUACUUAAAUACAUGUAUAUGAAUACAACAUAUACAUACAUACAUAAAUAUUAAUGAGUAAAUUGUGUUUCAUCUUAUUGUUUGUUACAUUGUUUAUUUGCUUGCUUCUCAGAAGUUUCCAUUAUUUAAAUCGAACGAUCAAUAUUGUGUAGUUAAAAAUCCAUUAUAUUUAAUGCAAAUAAACAUCAAUAUUUAUAGACGUAA